AAUUACUGGAGUAAAAAUUAUAUAUAAUAAGAUUAAUGUGGGAGUUAGAUCGACUAAUACAGAAAGAGGAUUAUGCCUAUGAAGAAGAAAUUUCGAAAAACCCUUAUGAACUCGAGAAUUGGUUACAUUAUUAUCUGAUAAAGUGUUCACGUACUACGACUUCAUUCCAUAAUAAGGUAUUUAUACUUGAACGAGCCGUUCAGAGCUUACCUAAAUCCGUUGAGUUAUGGACUAUAUAUCUUGAAUUAGUAGUUGGAAUAGUUGAAAGUGUGGAUUCUAUACAGUAUAAAUCCCAAUUUAUCCUUGUAAAUCAAUUGUUUAAUAGAGCAUUAUUACUAUUAUAUGCUAAUGAAGGUAUAUGGAUAAAAUAUCUUAAAUUCUUAUUAGAUACUCAACCAAAUGAAUUGACUUUAAUAAGAAGAACAUUUAAUAAAUGUCUCGUGAAUCUACCCAUUAAAUCUCAUGAAGUUAUAUGGCCUCUUUACUUAGUGUUUGCUAAUUCUGUCGGGGGACUUACAGGAGCUAAAAUAUAUCAUAAGUAUCUACAAUAUGCUGAACCACCCAUACUAAAAGGAUUAAAAUCACAUCCCAAUCCAAUACUAAACCUAACCAUUGAAGAUAUUCUUAAUAAAUUCAUAGAAUUUGAAGAUUUUAAUGAAAUAAACGGUAUAUAUGCCAAUAUCAUUAAUAACCCAGAUCAAUACAUAUCAUUAAAUAAAACCAAUCUACAAUUUUGGCUAGAUUAUAUUGAUUUUCUAACUGAUGAUAAAUAUCGAGCUCGAGUUAAUGAUGAUCAUAUUGAAAAGUUAGUACUACAAGGUAUUGAACAAUUUCCUGAUCAGAUAGGUACUUUCUAUAUAAAAUUAACAAACUAUUAUAAAUCUCAACCCGACAAAGAAGAUUCGGCACGAUACUUUUAUGAUAAGGGAAUUAAACUGUGUGUUACAAUUCAAGAUUUCUUACUUAUAUACAAUGCAUACAUUAAUUUUGAAGAAACAAUUCUUGAUGACUUAUCAGAGACAUUAGAAUUGAAACCAGUUAAUGAACAACUAAGUAAGUUACUUGAUUAUAGAUGUUAUUAUUUUGAACAGCUUAUGGAUAGUAGACCUAUACUUAUAAAUGAUAUGAUGUUAAGACAAGACAUUAAUAAUUUGGAUGUAUGGUUUGAUAGAUUUGGGAUAUUCAAAGAUGAUCUUAAUACAAAAUUACAAACUUAUGCCCAAGCUCUAAGACAAAUAAAUCCAUUUAAAGCUCAUUCAUUAUUGGGAAUUCUGGCUCAUAAACUAUCGAAAAUUUGGAUAGAUUAUUCUGAAAUAUAUUCAUCAAAGGAUGAUUAUAAAACGGCUGAAUUGAUUUUUACAAAGGCUAUAGGUUCACAAUUUAAACAUCCAGAUGAAUUGGCAGAUAUCUAUAUUAAUUGGAGUGAAAUGCUAUUGAAGAGUGAUUAUGAAGAUGCUGAUUCUAGAGCUAUAGAAGUUAUUAAAGAUGGAUUAUUACGAAGUGAUGCUAAUGUAGAUUAUGAAGAUUCAUCAAUAGAUGUUCAUAAACGAAUGCAUAGAUCAGUUAAACUAUGGGCAUUUUAUUUGGAUCUUUUAGAAAUGUUUAUUGAACAAGAAACUCAAACUACAGAAAUUCAUCAAGUAAUUAAUGCUUAUGAAAAACUUAUUGAAUUAAACAUAGCUACUCCAAAACUUAUUAUUGCCUAUGCAAAAUUCUUAGAAACUUGGAAAUAUUAUGAGAGAUCAUUUACGGUAUUUGAAGUAGGACUUAAAUUAUUCCAAGAUCCCUUUAUAAAGUAUGAGAUUUGGAAUGUUUAUUUAACUAAGAUACUUAAACAAAUACAUACACAUACAAAGAAUCAAACUGGUAUAGAAAGAAUAAGAGAUUUAUUCGAUCAAGCUCUUGAUGAGAUCCCUCCUCAAUUAAGUAAGGAUUUCAUUAUACUCUAUGCCAACUUUGAACAGGAGAAUAAGUUUAUUAUGAAUUGUAUUCGAGUACUCAAACGAGGGAUUCAGAUACUCUCACAAAGUAAUAUUGAUAAGUUUAAUAUUAACUAUAAAUCCAAAAUUGAUAGACAAAAAGUUAGUAAGGAUAAGUAUCAACUCUAUUCCUUAUUACUCGACAGAGUUGAAGAAUUUCAGGAUGAGAUUGAAUUACGCAAAACUUAUGAAAUGGCUAUUCAGGAUGUGGAACUCGCCUUACCAAAUCUUCUUGUUCUAACCAAUAAGUUUAUUGAUUAUGAAACAUCAACUCAUCAGUAUGAUCGAGUUCGAAGUUUAUUCAAAUAUAUUAUUAAACUAACUAAGAAUUCGGCUGAUAGUCUAUGGAUUCAAUGGGAACAAUUUGAAGUUAAGUAUGGUAAUGAACCCACCUUUAAAGAAAUGCUUCGAUUUAAGCGGGUUACCAAACAGGAAUUUCAAGAUAGUAAAGCCUUUAGGGAUGCACUUAAUCCUAUGGGAUUUGUUAAAUCAUCCGAUGGACCUAAAGUAUCAUCGAUUAAUGCCAGUGAACCCAUCCAAUCAGAGACUACCAAUACCAAUACCAAUACCAAUCCCGAUGAAAUUGAUAUAGAUAUGGAUAUGUAGAAUAUUUGUAUGUAUAUAUUUAACAACUAUAAAAGUACUUAACAUCGUUUAAAUGUCUCUUUCCAUUUAUCAACAAAAGAAUCAAGAUUAGCCACUUGAUCCAAACUUUUAUUAAACUUAAUUGAUUUAUUGGAUUUGAUUAAUUCUUGAUAAUUAUUCCAUCCUAUAUGAUAAUAUUGGAAUAUUGUCAUAAGAAAUGUUUGAAUAACUUUUAAAUUAUUCUUAUCCUUUGAUUUUAAAGAAUUCGAAUAGAUUAUUAAGAUUUGAAAUAAUUUAAUUAGUACUUGUAAUACUGAAGAAUUUAUAUCACUAACCGUAGAACCAGUACUAGUACUAACACCAGUACCAGAACUAGUACUAGUACUAGUACUAGUACCAGAAUUGGCAAGGUCUUCACAUGA